AUGACUUGUUUGCCCUUCGGAUUGGCCACAGCACCAAGAAUGUUCGCAUCUAUCACAAAUUGGACAGCCGAAGUACUACGCUCCAAAGGGAUCAGAGUAGUUGUGUACCUGGACGAUUACUGCAUCGCUCAUCAGGAUCAGAAGGUACUCAAUGCACAAGUAACCUUUGCUAUAAACUUCCUGACCAGCCUAGAGAAAUCGAUCACAAGUCCAAGUCAAUCGGUCGAAUUUCUGGGCAUAACCUGGGAUACUUGGUCGAACCUGAAAGCUUUACCACAAGACAAGAUCAGGAAGAUCCGUCAGAGCUUAUUGACACGUCUCGCAGCCGGCAGUUGGACUCUCAAGCAGGCACAACGCCUCUUAGGGCUUCUCAACUUUGCGACCUUCAUCACCCACCGGGGAAGGUUGCAUUGCCGAGCACUGCAGCGUCACAGCAAUCUACUGCGCAGGUCGCCACGCAAACAGUUUCUGUACUCAAACGAAGUGCGAGAAGAACUCGAGUGGUGGCUAGAAAACGUUGUUCAAAGUACAGCGAUUCAUCAGGACACAUUGCCUACAAACUAUAUGAUCACAGAUGCUUCAGACGUCAAAUGGGGAGCCUUAGUAAACAACAAAGAGCUCCAAGGAUGUUGGAACAGCGAACAAGAGAACUAUCACUGCAACGCCAAGGAAAUGUACGCAGUAAUCGCAGCCCUAUCCAAAGAAGCUGCUACUCUGAAAGAUUCGACAGUAAUACUACAAAGCGACAACAGAACUGUGAUAUCAUACAUCAAGAAUGAGGGAGGGACGAAGUCUCCACUUUUGCUAAAUCUAACCAAAGAACUUCUUGCUCUGACGAACAGUCUCAAUGUUGUACUUCUCCCUCACCACCUUCCGGGUAUGUACAAUACGGAAGCCGAUCACCUCUCACGCAAUCGCAGCGGCUCCGAAUGGCAUCUGCUAGACGCAGUCACAUCAAGAAUCUUCAAAUGUUGGGUAACGCCAGUCAUCGAUCUGUUCGCCUCAAAAACAGCUCACGUCGUGCCAGACUAUGUUACAUUCGACUUGUUAGACUCGAAUGCCUGCUAUCACAACGAUUUCAGCAGAUUUUGGCAUUACCAACUUGCGUGGCUUUUUCCUCCACCAGGACUGAUCCCAAGGAUUCUACAACAUCUCAACACUGCACACGGACACUUCAUAGUGAUAACCCCGAAGUGGAAGAAACCGUAUUGGCGGCCUGACUUGAAACUCCGUGCGAUAGGUCGCCCAAUGAAGAUCCAGAACCUGCAAGAAACUUUAGUGGAUACGACCACGGGUCUACCACCGACCCACAUUCGAAGCCUCCAGCUGGAAGCCUGGCUCAUUUCAGAUGGGAUGGAUUGA